CAAGUACAACUAAUGAUUUGUUGGCAACAUGACAAGGAGACUAAUGCCAAGGGUAAAGAGAGGGAACUCUAGUAUAUAGAUCUUAUUGCCCGAUGAGACAGACAGUAUUGAAAAGUAAAACAAGAAUGAUGAAGGCUGUGAGUUUUCUUCUUCAUUUGAGCUUCCUCUUCUUCCUCUUCACCUUCACCUUCGCACAAGGCAGCAGCAGAUCAAUCAUUCCACAGCCCCAACCUCUCACAUCCUUCAAUAUCAACAAAACCCAGAACGCAGGGAGCUGUUCUUACACUGUAUCAAUACAGACCAGCUGUUCUUCGCCCCGCUAUACACGGGAUCAGAUCAGUAUUGCCUUUGGUGAUGCUUAUGGCAAUCAGGUGUAUGCUCCGAGAAUCGACGAUCCGUAUUCGAGGACAUUCGAGAGCUGCUCCACGGAUACGUUUAAGAUUUCGGGGCCAUGUACAUACCAGAUCUGUUAUGUGUAUCUGUACCGGAGCGGAUACGAUGGGUGGAAAACAGAGGCAGUGACAAUCUAUGGCCAUUACACCAAGGCUGUUACGUUUUACUACAACUCUUUUAUUCCAAAUGGUGUUUGGUAUGGAUUUAAUCAGUGUAACGGUGCUGCAGCAUCCUCCACUUCGAGCAUGUAGCUGGGAAUGUAGAGGAGAUUAGCAGUGCAGGAUUCCUGGUUAAUUUCAGGUCAUUUAGGGCUCUGCUAUGUAAUGUGUAUUGAUGCUUUAGCAUUAUGUGUUUGUUGGGUUUUUGCUUGUGGCGAGGGUUGUUGAUUGAUGGUAUCAAGAACAUGGAAUUUUAGAAAUAAAAGUUGAUUUUAGUAGAGCAAA